CAGAAAAGGCGAGACGAGUUCAACAUCAUGCACAAACCAACCAUUGUCUUGGCAAUGGCUUCUUAACAGCAGAUUCCUGGCGUCGUGAGGCACUGCCAGUGGCUUUUUAAUCAGCUGAUUUGAGCAGUGGCAUGUUCGACCUGGUUUUCACAUGUAAUCUUGGGCAUGGCUGGGCACGCGACAUUUGUCUGGGCCAAGGCGCGUCGAUGUGAAGAACGACGUGGGUCAAUCACCAAGACCGGCGCGGCCACGCAGCAUCGUUUGGGGAUGGUUCAGAAUCCUUCGACCCGCCUGUCAACCGCGGCUUUUCUCUCUGUUGCGGUGCAGGUGACACCCAACACCCAGGGACGUCUUCCGCAGCCCCGGCACUCCCGUCCUUCCCGUUCGUGGAGAAAGGGACGCAUGUCCCACGAGCACCAAAAAGGAAGGAGAAACAGGAACCUGGUAACUAGUGCCCAGACCAGCUUAAAUGCGAGCAUUCCAACGUGACGGAGCGAGGCAUUUGGCACUUUCCCUCCUACCGUGCGUAUUCGCUUCUCAAUUUAUUGCCAUUUUGUUGUCCCAGCAAACCAGUUAGAUGGAGGUCGCCAUAU